GGUUUGCCGAUCAAAUGAAUCAGUGAUUAUUUUUUCGUAAAUAGUAUUUUGAAAUAAAAAGCUGUAUUAUAGAUUGUAUUAAAUAUUGUUAACCUGAUGAUUUAGUCCUCUGAUUCUGUGCGUCAAGUUUCGAGCCAUGAAGAUCGUAGAAAUGGUUUUAACUUGGAAGUGAUUUUGUGUGUUUACAUGAUUUCGUUGCGGGUGCUUCAGCUAAAAUGCUGCCAACGGUGGAGGAAAGUCGAGGAUAUGACUUCCAGGAUCCGGAAAACGUGGAUAAAUGGCGAGGAUUAUUCCUCAAUUCCUUUCGAAAGAUCCUGGAGAACUUACAUCCAUCGUUGUCUGCAGAGCAGACAGCCUUUGAGUUUGUGGAGUCACUAUGUCUCCGGCUACUUUCCAUGCUGUGUGCCAUACCAGUGCCAGUUACUAUACAGGAUGUUGAAGAGAGGGUAGCGCGGACUUUCCCGAAUCCUUUGGACCGCUGGGCGUUGGGAGAGGCCAGAGAUGCCCCAAAACGGAGAAAACUGCUCUUGCCAGCUGACAAACUACACCACCUACUUCAGAAGGAGGUCUUCCCUCACAAAAUUGACCCCUCAGUGACAGCGUUCAUGAUAGGGAUACUAGAGUACAUAAGCACAGAUGUACUGAGGCUGUCAGGGACAUUUGUGAAGGAGAUAUCCCAGAAGUCCGGCUACCUGGUUAUCACGAGCAGUGAUAUCAAGACGGCUAUGUGUGCUGAUAAGCUCUUGAUGGACAUGUUUUACCAAGAAUCAGAAUUGGCUGGUGUGGCUGCUGGCGUUUCGGCUUUGGAUAGAGGUCGGAGAGGUUCACUCACAUACGGAGAACUAGUGAGAGACUUAUUAGCUGAUGAGAGAAGUUUUCUGAGGGAUUUGAACCUUAUUAUACGAGUAUUUAAGGAUGAACUUGAAAAAAUUCUGCAUUCGGACAACCGGACAAUAUCACUAAUAUUUGGCAACAUAGUGGACAUAUAUGAGUUAACGGUUACUCUAUUGGGCAAUCUCGAAGAUGCUAUGGAGGUAUCACAGGAUUCGACGCAACCCUACAUUGGCAGUUGCUUUGAAGAAUUGGCGGAAGUGGAGGAGUUUCGGGCUUAUGUUAGAUAUGCAAACAUCGUGACGAGGAAAGAGUCGAGGGACGCACUACAGAGGAUUGUCGACGAUCCUGAAUUGUCGGAGCGGUUGGACACGGCAGGUCACGGGUUCCGACUGGCCGUCAAGUACUACCUGCCGAAGCUACUGCUCAGCCCCGUGACGCACGCGUUGCUCUAUCACACCUACGUGUUGGCGCUGCUGCAGAUAGCCCCAGCCACCGACGACCGCGAGAGCUUCAAGCAGGUGGAAUGCAAUCUUCAUCCAAUUAAGAAGUUACUAGUCAAAGCUCUAGGAAAUGGACCUAAAAUUGAGGGUGCGGUCCGCGGCGCCGCCAGAGCGAGACGGCAACAGGCGAUAGAAAAGUGCAACGAGCUGUCGAAACUGAUCGACAACUGGGACACGAGAGACGUGGCGCAGUGCUGCAACGAGUUCAUACGAGAGGACACGUUAAGUAAGGUGGGACCCGGGCGGCGCCUGGCCGAGCGUCGCGCGUUCCUCUUCGAUGGUCUACUGUUACUAUGCAAGCCUUCUACAAGUAUCGUGACAGUAAACAGUAACGCGGCGAAUAGCGGAGUGCAGCAGCUGAAAAUGAAGGAGAAGCUUCACAUACGGAAACUGGAGAUCGUGGACAAGACUGAUUGUGAUGAGGGUCGUCACCUCAUAGAGCUGUGUCCGCGCGUGGGCGGGCCCGUGCUGUUGAUGGCUGGCUCGGGCGCGGAGAAGCGGAGCUGGAUGAGCGACCUGGUGAUGCUGAACACCAAGCCCAUGCUGGACCGGAGCCUCGACAGUAUCCUGUUGGAGUUGGAGCGACGUCACCCGUUGAAGCUGCCUCCCGUGUCGCUGUACAGGUUCGCGGAGCCCGACUCUCCCGACAACAUUGUCCUGGAAGACGCGCCCACGCCGCUCAUCAAGGGCGCCACGCUACUGAAGCUGGUUGAGCGGCUGACGUACCACGUGCACGCGGACCUCAACCUGGUGCGCACGUUCCUCACAACGUACCGCUCGUUCUGCUCGCCCGCCGAGCUCCUCGAGCUGCUCGUCGAGCGGUUCAACAUACCCGAGCCCAGCGAGGUGUACGACACGCCGCGCCCCACUGAAUGCGUCGAGGAGAUGUCGGCCAAUAGCGACGCUGAGAAGCUGAGCAAGAAUACGGCGAGAGAAGACUGGAAGCGAUACAGGAAAGAGUUCCAGCAGCCUGUCAAGUUUCGAGUCAUCAACGUUCUCCGGCAUUGGGUGGACCAGCACUUCUACGACUUUGAGCGCGAGCCGCAGCUGCUCGAGAGACUGAAGGAGUUUCUGGAGUCGGUUGACGGGAAACCCAUGAAGAAGUGGGUGCAGAGUGUGCUGAAGAUUGUGCAGAGGAAGAGCGGCGUGUGGAUGGACUGCGAGGGCAGCAUCUCGGGCAGUAUCUCCAGCAGCGUGUCGGGCGUGUCGGCCAUGUCGGUGUCGCACGUGUUCGACAAACUGCCGCCCGCGCAGGCCCGCCACCUCGCCGACCCCGACAAGUACAACUGGCACCCGCUGGCGCUGCACCCCCUGGAACUCGCCCGUCAGCUCACGCUUCUCGAGUUCCAGCUCUACCGACAGGUUAAACCUUCUGAGCUGGUCGGAGCUGUGUGGACUAAAAAGGACAAGGAGAAGACGAGCCCUAACUUAUUGAAAAUCAUCAAACAUACAACUAAUUUCACCAGAUGGAUGGAGAAGUGGAUAGUGGAGAGUGAGAACCUGGAAGAACGCGCGGGCGUGGUGUGCCGCCUCAUAGAGCUGGCCAUCUGCCUCCGCGACCUGAACAACUUCAACGGCGUGUUGGGAGUGGUGGCGGCUUGCGGCAGCGCCAGCGUGCACCGGCUCCGGAACACCUUUCAGGUUGUUCCACUUCGAUACCUGCGCGCGCUUGAGCAGUUCCGCGCGCUCAAUUCUGACCACUUCAAGCGUUACCAGGAGAGGCUGCGGAGCAUCAACCCGCCCUGUGUGCCGUUCUGCGGGAUCUACCUUACCAACAUCCUGCACAUCGAAGAGGGCAACCUGGACUACCUACCAAACUCGCAGCUAAUAAACUUCUCGAAGCGAAGAAAAGUUGCAGAAAUAACGGGCGAAAUUCAACAGUAUCAAAACCAGCCGUACUGUCUCACCGUCGAGAUAAGGACGCGAAUGUUUCUAGAAGCAUUGGACCCAUUCCCCGGCAUGGACGAGAACGAAAUCACCAACUAUCUGUACGCGAAAAGUUUGGAGAUAGAACCACGACCUCCCGCCAAGCCGAUGGCGAAAAUUCCACGGAAAUACCCAGACUUGUCGCUGAAGCCGGUGAAGAUAUCGCGGCGAUCGCACGAACAGCACGCGCCCUCUAACAACAACGACGACAACAUCAGUGUGAGCCAACUGUCUCCGACAAGCAUGAGCACGUGGGACGGGGCGUCCCUUGCCUCGCUACCGAUACAUUUACACCACGACGACUGUGAUAGAUCAGUUACGAGUCCGCGCUUAGAGCGGUCUUGUUCCAGCUCGCUCGCGCACAUUGGUCAGCUCAGCCUCUUCGACAAGGGACUGGCGUUCUUCGACAAGAGCAAGUCGAUAGCGACGCUCAACGCCCAUUCUAGGCACAGUAUGUCGACGCGAGACGAGCCUCCCUCACCUAGAGACAAUCACUCUCCGAGACAUGAGCGAUGCGGCAGUAGUAGCAGUAUAGCGAGCGCGGGCUGCCGCCGCGGAGUGGGAGGGGCGUUGUCCCCGCGCGGAGCCAUCGUCGACGCGGAGCUGUUCUACUGCCGCCACUACAGCGACCAGGCGUCACGCCGCGCCGACACGCUGGAGCGAGUGCCGCCGCUGCUGCCGCGCCACUCGGCCAGCAGCAGCCCGGGCGAGCACGAGGCGCCGCCGCCGCCGCCACACAACCACCACCAUCUGGGUACCUGUGACAUAUCGGACGGUGACAAGCCCCUGCCCAGUCCGAAACAUCAAGAGUUAUUCAGAUCGAGUCCAGCCAUGUCACCUAAAAGAUCCCCUGCACCGCCAGCCGCCAGUCCGCUAAACCAGGACAGACCACCGCCGACCUUCAGCUUUCCAUCCGCCACUUCUCCUUCGUCACUACCGCAGAACGAGACCAACUCAUGCGGUACUCCGCCCCCGCUGCCCCCGCGCAGGAGGAGGGACUCGGCAGUCACGCCCACACACCAUCACUCGUGGGCGGACAGUGUCCCGGGCGGGUCGCCGUCGUCCGGGGGCGCGUGCUCCACCGCGCGGGCGGGCGGGGGCAGCCCCCCUCCGCUGCCGCCCCGCCCCCCCGCGGCCCCGCCCCUGCUGCGGCCGCAGAGCUCGGCGCUGCUGCAGCGACGACAUCACACUGCGCAGUUGGCCCCUCGUUUGCCACCAAAGCCCCCUCCAGCGGCUGUGGCCCCUCGGACUUAGCCCGGCCUAUGCCUUGAGGGUCUGCUCUCAUACUCAUGGAUACUGCACCCUGCACCGGGCAAGCCACGUGACGAAAUCCCUUACGGGGUUCGACAGGCUUCGAUGCAUUUCAACAUGAAUUUGACUGUACACAAAAGCGUUCAAUUCUAGACAGAAUUCUAGUAUAUUACAAUUUUAGAGCAUAAAGCUGUAAAUAUGUAGGCAAGAAUGUUAACCGUCUCUAAUAUCAAUAUAUGUUUUUUUUUUUGACUAGAGUACCGACGCGAAGCAAAAAAUAAUUAGGUUAUUGACUUGUCACGGCAUUCUGUGUGGCCGUGUACAUGAUUAUCGUUCCGUUUUGCUCACACGAUUAGACACUGCCGUGAACUCAUAGUGCAACCAUCGGGGUCAAUAACCGAAAUUGUUUAAACUCCGCGACUGUACUCUAUCAAUAUUUAUUUUAAUUUGAAAAGGUUGACCAAAUGAACAAUAAACCUUUGAACAUCUAUGUGAUAGAAAUGUACAAAAUAUUAUUGAUAUUUAUAUAUGCUGUGCCGUACUAGUGAUAAUUUGGUUUUGUUUAAAAAAAUGUAUAUAAAUAUAUAUUUUUUGACAUACAAACGAUAAAUUGGCCGAGUUAGCUCCCAAUCGCAAUAAUACGGUAUGUUUUCCUAAGUUAAGCGCAGACUGAGAAUGAUGUGUAAGAAAUUAAGUGUGUCAAUAGCGCAAUAGUUAGACAUUACUUUAUAGUUAUGCCGCACAAAAAAUGCAUAGAGCUUCCAUUUUUUUUAAAUAUAUAAGUCGAAUAAAAUAAUCUGAUAGAACUUCAGCAGUAGAUGGAAGCUAUAGAGGGAGAAAAUAACUAUAUACUCCGAUAUUAACUUAACUCACGUGUCAUACUUUAAAAAAAUUUAAAUAAGGGCAAGUGACAAUAUCUGAGUGAUAAAGCGAUACAGAUUCGGUAAGGAAAGUUGCAAAACCUCAUUGCAACUAUUGGGCUUAGAUAUUUUUUUAAAAUCGAUAUUUACAGAGGCAUUAUUUGUGACUUUUGUUAUAGAUCAAUCUGUAAUGUCAUUCUACAAAUUCCUCAAACAUCUUAACUUACUUAGUUAGUGAAUUUACUCAACAGAUGGGGUAUUUGCUUCAUUAUUUAGUUUUUUUUAAAUGCAGGCAAUAGCUCGGACAUUGACCUCCACUACCUACGCUCUCUCGUAUUGUGUGUGAUAUGGUAGUUAUUGAUACUAGGUGCACGGGUAUAUUGGACCGAAAUUGGAAACUGUUCGCGACAGAAGUAUACACGUAUUUAUUUCACAAAAAUCUCUACAUAUUGUGGUAGUUCGUUUGUUUAAUAAUACAGGUUGUAAACCAAGUACCUUUUGAGGUACGGGACUUUUGGUGUAGACAAAUCAAGAAUAUAUCUAGGAUAAAUCUGCUAGAUUCAACUAUUCAUAGUACAAUCUUAUAAUAUCCGCCUUACAAUAGAAUCAACCUUGUUUUUAUUAAUAGGCUACCUACGUAAUAUUACUUCACGGUUUGUGAGCAUUCCUGCAUUGUCUAGUAGGGGCCGGGGGGGGGGGGGGCGCUGCCCGUACCUACUAUGCCCUUGGGUGAGAUCAUUUAAUGUGAGAAAUGAUAAUAACUUAAAGAUGGUCAAUCAACACAUUCUACACACAAAUGAUGUUUAUUGUUUGCAAAAGGGGAACGUAUAGUGUUAAUUCAGUUAAUUUUUGUUAGGCUACAUGCCGGAUGCAAGCACGGCCUAAAGUUAAGGGGGUUAAACAUGCUCUCCGUCGAAGUAGUCUCGACCGAACGACCGAGAUAGUUGUUGAUGUCAAUCUUUCCUGAACCAAUUCGACACAUAAUUCGCCGUUGACACGCUCGAACGAGACAACUUUCUUAAGUGUUCGGCGAAGCGGAAUUAACACUAAAAUAUGAAUUAAUAGCAUAUUAAAUAAUUUAGGUUCUAUUAAAAUUUGAUCAAUGUAACUGUUUGGAAUUGGCAAAGGUGGUAUUUAAUGCAACGGGAUGUAGUUGGACAUACAUCGUCCACUUCGAAAAUGUAAAUAACCAUCGAAUAGUUUAUGAAUACAUUAAGAAUUAAGGUCUUGAGGCCCACACGCUUUCUUGUGCCGUGUUUCCAGGACGAUACGACAUGGGAUACCUUGAAAAAAAGUGCUUACAUUUUCUAAAGGGCUAGCAACGCUCCUGUAAUUCCUGUAGUGUUGCAAGAGAUGUGGGCGACGAUGCCGCUCUUCCAUAAAAAAAAAUUUAGCACUUGACUUACACCUGAUAUUAUUGAACACGGAUAAAAAAAUAUAAGUAGUUUAUUUUUGAUUGUUGAUCGACAAUACUUCGCAAAUACAAAAUUGUCUGAAGUGCUUGAUACUAAUUUGUGUAAACACUACAAUGGUCAUCACAGCGUGGUUAUGUAACAACAGUCGAGUGUUCCCCACGCUCGACCGUUGCCUAAAACUUGUAUAUUAUAGAAUAUUAGAUGGUGCCAGAAUUGUACAGAAUAUGUUGAUAUGUUGUACAUAAUGCUAUUAACGUGUAGUGUAGGUUACGCCGCUGUUGGAAGAGUGAUUGUUGAAUUGAGGGUAGUUCUCGUUUAGAUUACGACCAUUGACGUACUAUAAACAACUAGACUCACAAUCACGCUUAAAAAUUGUCUGAAGCAAAACUCUGUCGAUUUGGCAGAGUUUUCGUUCAGUUUUGUUGCGACUGCGCUUUGAGUACAACGCCACGCAAUAACAAAGUGGCCAGUGAAAAAUUGUCCAAAUUACAGCAUAUCCAAACUUAAAAAGGAUAGUGUCGUAUUUCAGGUAAGUGCCCCUUUGAAUUAACAAAAUUGUGUGAUGUUAAUUUGACCUUUUUAAAAAGUUUUGCAAAAUAAUUACGUUUCAAUUGCUUAAACAAAAUGUUCUUGUCUGGUGUUCGCGUGACGUCACGAAAUAAGGUGUUAAAUUUGAAUGUAUGUUUUAAUAUUAUCUGUUUUUGUGUUUAACGCCACUCCGACUUUUUUGACAACCUUUUAGUAGGCGAUCUGGAGUCAAGUUUAUAGUGCGUCAAUGGUUACGACGGAUAGAUAAGGUACGGAUAGUACAGAUUUUGUGGACGCCCUGGCGUGCGAGUGGGACGUAUAUAUGCCUUUGUCCCACUCGCACGAUACAUGACAAUAGUUUGUGGAGCGACUAAAUACAUUUGUGACAAGUCGCUUUUUGUUAUCUCCCUAAUAUAUAAAUUUAUAUAAAGGGUGUGUUAUAGAAAAGUUGCCCCUUUUAGCUUCAUUUUGCGAAUUGUUUCGAGCAAUGGAGAAAGCUUGAAGUUAUUUUUCUAGCCCCCGUAGGAUUUUUUAAGCAUUUGGCUAUAGUAGUGGGCCGAAAUUGAACGUCCAAUCUUGCAAAAAGCAAAUAAUUAUUUGAUAUAACAGUAGUGGAAAUUCGGGAUUGCGCCAAAAAUGUUAGUUCACAGGCGCCAUGUUGUUUCGUUGAGUAUGUGUGGGUCUUUUCAAGAUGCUUUUUGGCAGAGGUAACAAACAGUUGGCUACGCGUAGUUCUGUCAAUGUCAUAUCAUUUAGAUUAUAGACCAUCAUAAUUACGCAUAGACUUACAAUAUACUAGCGUAUAAACAAAUCAUGUAAGAGAGAAGAACAUCUCUAACGGAGAAACUGCAAGAUAGAAAGGGAUGGCGAAUAUAGUCACUACCUCUGUUGGAACUAGUUAUAAAGUAUUUUGAAUAUUAAACUAGCUGACCUAGUGGUCUAAUCUAGUGAUUACGCAUACAUUUACAAAUUGAAAUUGUUCACGCAUUAUCGGGCUGUCGGGUCAUGUAUACGCUAUUAUAUUCUAACUCUAUGUAAUUAAGAGUCAGGCCGUGAUUUUUUAUCACUGUAAGUAAAGUGUGUGUCUCUAUUAUUACUAUUAUUGCAUACUUAGAUCAUUAAUACGUCUAGAUAGACUGUGACAGCUGUGAAAACGUCGAGAAAAAUUGAGGUUGACAGUUAACCUCUAUUUUGAGCAUUGCACGCACACUAACAUAAAGUGACAUACAAAUCGCGAGUGUAAGACGUAGCUUCUCACGCACAUUAAAGUAAUAAACCUGACCUGUUUUCAUCGGUUGUCUAGCAGCAAGCAGCUCUAUCUAAUCGUAUAAAUUAUCUUAGGUUGUUUAAAUAUUUAUAUUGUACUGUUAUAGUUUUGUUAAUUUUAUAAAAUUACAACUUGCUCAGUAGAAAGAUACGGUAUAUUAAUAUUGACAGAUAAUAAUGUACAACACUGUACCAUUUUUUUUGUAAAAUCAUCUUGAAAACGGCCCACGUAGCGCCAUAGUGAGUGCGUUGGUCCUUCAAGCCGAUGUGAUAUAAAAGUCUGUGAGAUUACUCGAGCGCUGUAUGUGUCGGAAGCUACCAUGGACUAUAUAUGGGCUAUUAUCGCUGAUAUAUCUGAGGGUUGGCGCAGAUUUAUAGUAAUUUCAAUCGUAGAUAGAAGAUGAACAAUAGAUACCUACCAGUGGAAGGCUCCUUUGCCGGCUAGAUUAUGGGUACCACAACGGCGCCUAUUUCUGCCGUGAAGCAGUAAAGUGUAAGCGUUAUUGUGUUUCGGUCUGAAGGGCACCGUAGCUAGUGAAAUUACUGGGCAAAUGAGACUUAACACCUUAUGUCUCAAGGUGACGAGCGCAGUUGUAAUGCCGCUCAGAAUUUUUGGGGUUUUUCAAGAAUCCUGAGCGGUAAGUACUGCAUUGUAAUGGGCAGGGCGCAUCAAUUACCAUCAGCGGAACGUCCUGCUUGUCUCGUCCCUUAUUUUCAUUAAAAAAAAAGAUGCGUUACUAUAAUAACAAUGUGACGAGAGACAUAAAUUAGAUUGGUAUUGAGAGUAAGCGAGAUACACUACAAUAUCUGCUAUCCCUUUCGCGUAUGCGAUUUUUUUGUUUGGACCCAUUUCAUAGGUUUUCAGAUAAAAAAUAAAUAAAUUUUAAUUAUAAUUGAAUAAAUUCUGAUUGUUGAUACGUCAUUGAGUGAUUUAGUGUUAAUUCAGUUAUUAUUAAAAUAUGGAACGUGGUUGUCUAUUAUGUAGUACAAAUCGUCACAGACUUGUUAUCUCACGCUGACAAAAUUAAGGAGUAUUAAGUAAAUUAGUAUAUAUAUACAAAAAAUGUAGAGCCAAUGUGAAAUAUUUUGAAAAGUAAUUUCUAAAUUAUAAAAUCUGCGAAUGUCAAAUGCCCAUGGUUCCGGCCAUGAAUACAAAAGUUAAUGUUAUUUUCUAUGCUAUCCGUAAAUUCAUAUAAUCUGUGAAAAUUCCCAAUCGGCACAUAAUAUCAUUAUUCAGAUUGUAUCUAACCGAAAGCCUAAAUAUGAUCUAAUAAUAUUAUUACCGUAGACGUCCAAAUAUACUGGCCUAUAGAGUACAAACAAACAUAGGUUGCAAAUAGAAAAGAACAUCUGUAACGUAGAUGCAGAAAUAUUGAAACGGAAACCUCUAUUACUAUAAUCGAUUUUACAUAUUAACCCGCACACAUUGACAAAUCAAAAUUGGUCACGUGUUAUCAGAUUGACAGGUCGCCUUUACGCUAGUAUAUUUUAAUAUGAUUAUUACUAAAAAGAGUGAAUAUCUUAAUGAUAAUAAUUAAAUAAUUCGUCAGUUGCUGCACAUAUAUUUUAUUUUAUAUGAAUGUCGAAAUGACUUUCUACCAAUCGCGAGCCUCGGUAACACACGUCAUAAUAAUAUAAACCAAUCGCGAGCAUGGGAAACACACGUCAUAAUAAUAUAAACCAAUCGCGAGCAUCGGAAACACACGUCAUCGUAACAUUAACCAAUCGCGCGCAGCAAAUGUUGACAAGUUUGUAUUGAAUGAAAUGUGCGCCGCCCCUCACGUUUAUUUGUGUCGCGUAGUGUUCCAUAUCAGUCGUAUGUCGUCUAUGGUGAUUGUUGAGAAAAGACCAUUUGUAAAUGAAUAGUUGUAAAUAUAAAUAAUAUUAUGUGGAUAAUGUAUGUAGAGUAUUCAUAUUAUAUACACAGUUAUA